CAAAUAUAUUUUGGUAUAUUCUAUUUUUAAUUUUCAUUGUUAUUUUCCUCUCCAUUUCAAACUCUCCUUCAACUUUCCGGCGUUAGUCUUUUAUUAUUCGGUGGCCUGAAACAUAUUCAGAUCACUAACUGUAAAAUUAACUUCCCUAAUUUCUCUCUCUUCCCCUCUCCCGCUCUCGUCUGUUUCUCUCUCUCUCUCUCUCUCUCUCACACACACACAAACACACGCACUUGUUCAUCACCCCAGCAAUCAAUUGCAGAUGCGCCUGUGUAAAUUGGCGAAGUGGUGAAUUCUGAAGAUUCUGGCACGGGCGUCACUACUAUCGCUGCUGUUGGAGGCGAUCGAUGAUCAGUUGGUGCGGGUUUGGCAGGAAUUGCGGCUGAUUUUGUUUUUAUUUGGUAAUUAUCUUUUGUUAGGUGCAACUGUUCAACACUGGAGAAGUUGAUUCCGUGAGAUAGAGUGCAGAAGAAGACAUACGUCCGGAGAUGUCAAACUCGAAGGUGGUUUAUGAAGGAUGGAUGGUGAGAUAUGGGCGCCGGAAGAUUGGAAGAUCAUUUAUUCACAUGCGAUAUUUUGUGCUUGAGUCUAGGUUGUUGGCGUAUUACAAGAAGAAGCCCCAAGACAAUGUGGUGCCGACCAAGACGCUUCUUAUAGAUGGCAACUGUAGGGUGGAGGACCGAGGACUGAAGAACAAUCAUGGUCAUAUGGUGUACGUUCUGUCUGUAUACAACAAGAAAGAGAAAUAUAAUCGAACCACAAUGGCAGCUUUCAACAUUCAGGAGGCACUGAUUUGGAAAGAGAAAAUUGAAUCUGUUAUUGAUCAGCAUCAAGAAUCUCAAGCUACUAAUGGUAACAAAUACGUUUCUUUUGAAUAUAAAUCUGGUGUGGAUAAUGGGAGGAAUGCUUCAUCAUCAGAACAUGAUAGCCAGUUUAGUGCUGCAGAAGAUGAUGAUGAUACUCAUCGAAGUUUGUUACGUAGAACAACAAUAGGAAAUGCAGGCCCCCCUGAGUCCGUUUAUGACUGGACAAAAGAAUUUGAUUCUGAUUUGGCUAAUCAAAAUUCUAACAACCAGGCAUUUUCUAGAAAGUAUUGGCGCCUUCUCCAGUGCCAAAAUGGUCUUCGGAUAUUUGAGGAGCUUGAUGAAGUAGAUAUUCUUCCAAAGAGCUGCAGUAGAGCAAUGAAAGCUGUUGGGGUGGUGGAAGCAACCUGUGAAGAAAUAUUUGAACUAAUAAUGGGCAUGGAUACGACACGAUGCGAGUGGGAUUGCAGUUUCCAGUAUGGUAGCUUAGUGGAAGAAGUAGAUGGACAUACAGCUUUACUUUACCACAGACUUCAGUUAGAUUGGUUCCCAACGUUUGUAUGGCCUCGUGACCUCUGCUAUGUGCGCUAUUGGCGUCGGAAUGAUGAUGGGAGUUAUGUUGUGCUAUUCCGUUCUAGGGAGCAUGAGAAUUGUGGCCCUCAACCUGGAUUUGUGCGAGCUCAUAUUGAAAGUGGAGGAUACAAUAUUUCACCUCUGAAACCUCGUAAUGGGAGGCCCAGAACACAGGUCCAACAUCUUAUGCAAAUUGAUCUAAAAGGCUGGGGAGUGGGUUAUGUAUCAUCAUUUCAGCAGCAUUGUCUCCUUCAAAUGUUAAAUAGUGUUGCUGGAUUGCGAGAAUAUUACUCUCAAACUGAUGAAAGACCAGUGGCUCCUCGGAUUCCUGUUAUGGUUAAUAUGACAUCAGUAUCCAGCUCUUCAAAGCGGAGUAAGAAGCUCCAGUCAUCUUCUGCUCACCAUCGCAGUCCUUCACUUGAUCAAAUACAUGCAGCAAACAGAAAUGCUGUUUUAAUGGAUGAAUACUCUGAUGAAGAUGAAGAUCUCCAGGCAGAUCAAGAGGCUUUGUCGUCUGCCUUUGAGGUUGAAGACAAGAGAACUGGCCAUGAAGAAGAGUCUACAGACCAAAUAGAUUUAUCCAUAUUCUCUGGUAACCUUCGACGUGAUGAUCACGAUAAGGCUCGCAACUGUUGGACAUUGUCUAAUGGAAACAACUUCAGAGUCCGGAGCAAGCACUUCUGUUAUGACAAAUCAAAAAUUCCUGCAGGCAAACAUCUUAUGGAUCUAGUUGCUGUAGAUUGGUUUAAAGAUACAAAAAGAAUGGAUCAUGUAGCUCGACGCCUGGGUUGUGCAGCUCAGGUUGCUUCAGAUAAAGGACUUUUCUCUAUCGUGUUUAAUCUUCAAGUACCUGGAUCGACACACUACAGCAUGGUAUUUUAUUUUGUGUCCAAGGAACUAGUACCAGGAUCUCUUUUGCAGAGGUUUGUCGAUGGAGAUGAUGAGUUCCGCAAUAGCAGGUUGAAGCUUAUUCCAUCAGUACCUAAGGGUUCUUGGAUUGUACGCCAGAGUGUUGGCAGCACCCCUUGUUUAUUGGGGAAAGCAGUUGAUUGCAACUAUAUACGUGGUCCGAAGUAUUUGGAAGUUGAUAUCGAUAUCGGUUCCUCCACUGUGGCAAAUGGAGUCCUGGGCCUUGUGAUUGGUGUUAUUACGACACUUGUGGUCGACAUGGCUUUUCUUGUACAGGCGAACAGUACAGAUGAGUUGCCGGAGCGGUUGAUCGGUGCUGUGAGAGUGUCUCAUAUAGAAUUAUCAUCAGCUAUUGUGCCGGUGCUGGAGACGGAUUCUUCAGAUUCACAGAAAACGUAGUGGAUUGUAUAAAUGAUAUUGUUAUUCAAGUACAUAUAUUACUACAUUCAUUUAAUACUCCCUCCGUCCAGCAAUAGGAGUCCCGUUUUUCCAUUUUUGUACGUCCGGGAAUAAGAGUCCCGGUUCUACUUACUAUAUUUGGACAAUUUAAUUACCCUCCCCUUUCUCACUUAUUUACAUGCCUGCCAUCAAAAAAAUCACCCCACCCACCUCCCUCUCACACCAUUUGACGAUUAAUCUCAUUCUCUCCAUUCUCACUCUCUCUCUACCUCUCGAGAACCCUACCCGUUCUCAUUCGCCGCCACCUCCGGCCAAAGGCGUCCCAACCACCUCCUCCCCCUCCCCCUCCUCACGUUAUCUUCAAUGGAUCGCAGCCACUCAGAAACCCUAACCCCCAUCUCUUGUCGAUAUGCAAUCCGAACCCCCAAUUGGCCGCCCCCUCUUUCCCGUUCUAAUCCGAUGCUGGAAUGGACCUUCGACACUUUGGAGGUUCUUAGUUUUCUGAGAACCACCCUUUAUUUAGGGUUUGGAGGUUCUUAGUUUUUGGGUAUUUAGGGGUUUCCGAGGGUUUGAAAUGUUAUGUGAUUUAGCCAUCCCCAAUUUGGGUUAGGAGGUUUAAGGGUUGGUGUUCUACUGCCCUAUGAUGAAAUUGGUGUUCUUUGGCCGAUUUUAUUUUCACCCUCAAUAGAGUGAAAAUAAUUGUCUUGAUUUUACUUUAUUUAUUUUAGCAUUAGUUUCACGCUUUCAACAUUUUAUUUUUAUUGUUUUUAUUUGUGGGAAUUCCAGUCAGAUUACAAGAAAUCAGCUUGAGAAUUUUUCAACUUUCAACUUCAGUUGUAGCUAUUGAUCUUGUUCCUCCCACUGUGUGGAUGUAAUGUACACCGACACAAUCGACACAGUUCAUAAUUUGAUACUACUAUUUUCUUUAA